AUGGAGUCUAUCAAGAACACAAUAGAAGAACUCACUGCACUAUUUAAUACAAAAAUGUCUGAAUUCCAAAAAGAAUUAAAGACCUCCAUCCCAGCAACGAGCCCCACAUCGAAUAUUAACAGUCAGUUCAAUAUAUUUCGGUCAUUUGUUCUGACAGCCUUAGAAAAUUUACAACUACAAGUCGAAUUCUUAUCAAGGCAAUAUGACCAAUUAGAAAUGCAUUCUAGGAAGAAAAUUAUUCUGUUGCAUGGAAUUGCUGAAGAUUCUAAAGAGAAUGUCGCUGUGCGUGCCUCAAAAACUUUAGCUGAACAUCUGAAUAUUCCAAAUAUUAGCCCCGACUCCUUUAGACAUUGUCAUCGUUUAGGGCAUAUGGUUACGAAGAAGCCCCGUCCUGUAUUGAUAAAAUUUAUAGACCAAUCUGUCAAAGAUAAGGUCUGGUCCACCAAGUCCAGUUUGAAAGGCUCCGGAAUAACCAUGUCCGAAUUUCUCACAAAGGGCCGCCACAAAACAUUCCUGGCUGCAAGACAAAGGUUUGGGGUUGCAAAGUGUUGGACCAGAGACGGGUUCAUUAUAGUCUUGUCUCCGGAUGGCUCGCGGCAUCGUAUUACCACCAUGGCGGAAUUGCAAGCUAUUCGGAGUGCUGAGAGCGAUUCCUCAGUCCCGCAGACGUCACCUGAUGCCGAGGAAGCCCCCAAACCAUCCAAAGGCAUUAAUCCUAGGCUUAAGAGGACUGUGAAAAAACUAACGUAAAGU